AUGGCUGGGGAAACGGACUUUCUCUCCUCCCUCCCCCAUCUUUCCCAUCUCGGCUUCCAAGGAUUAGGAAUUUGGCGUUUGGACAGUUUGUUCUUGGACGGCCAGAAGACCUCCCGACGUGACUCUUCAGGGACUGGCACACCAAGAGUUCGGAAAGGUGCGGGAUCCAACGUUUCACGCGCCGACGUCCUCCCGCGCCCGGCUCCUCUCAACCUCCCGCUCCUCCUUCCCUCAAUCCUCCCGCUCCCCUCCUCCUCCGUCCCCGCCCCGCUCCUGUCCUCUUAUUGGCCGAGCGGGCCGGCCGGGCCUCCCCGGGAUUUAAAGGGCCCGCUCUCCGCGCCGCCCUGGGAGCCGCAGCUGGUCCCGGCCUUGCGGCCUGCGGGGGAGGCUGCCCGGAGGAGGCGGCGACGGUGGCGGCGGCUGUACGUCCCCGGCCCCCUGGACCGCAGCUUUCUUACUGCCAGGUCUAUCCAUCUGUCCAUCCAUCCGUGGGGGUCCACAAUGGCCACCUUCAGCCGCCAGGAAUUUUUCCAGCAGCUGCUGCAGGGCUGUCUCCUGCCUACUGCCCAGCAGGGCCUUGACCAGAUCUGGCUGCUCCUUGCCAUCUGCCUCGCCUGCCGCCUCCUGUGGAGGCUUGGGUUGCCAUCCUACCUGAAGCAUGCAAGCACCGUGGCAGGCGGGUUCUUCAGCCUCUACCACUUCUUCCAGCUGCACAUGGUUUGGGUCGUGCUGCUAAGCCUCCUGUGCUACCUCGUGCUGUUCCUCUGCCGACAUUCCUCCCAUCGUGGCGUCUUCCUCUCCGUCACCAUCCUCAUCUACCUACUCAUGGGUGAGAUGCACAUGGUGGACACCGUGACAUGGCACAAGAUGAGAGGGGCCCAGAUGAUUGUGGCCAUGAAGGCGGUGUCUCUGGGCUUCGACCUGGACCGGGGUGAGGUGGGUGCAGUGCCCUCGCCCGUGGAGUUCAUGGGCUACCUCUACUUCGUGGGCACCAUCGUCUUUGGGCCCUGGAUAUCCUUCCACAGCUACCUACAGGCCGUCCAAGGCCGCCCGCUGAGCCGCCGAUGGCUGCAGAAGGUGGCCCGGAGUCUGGCGCUGGCCCUGCUGUGCCUUGUGCUGUCCACCUGUGUGGGCCCCUACCUCUUCCCGUACUUCAUCCCCCUUGAUGGUGACCGCCUCCUUCGCAACAAGAAACGCAAAGCCAGGGGCACCAUGGUAAGGUGGCUGCGAGCCUAUGAGAGCGCUGUCUCCUUCCACUUCAGCAACUAUUUUGUGGGCUUUCUGUCCGAGGCCACGGCCACGUUGGCGGGGGCUGGCUUCACCGAGGAGAAGGAUCACCUGGAAUGGGACCUGACGGUCUCUAAGCCACUGAACGUGGAGCUGCCCCGGUCCAUGGUGGAAGUUGUCACAAGCUGGAACCUGCCCAUGUCUUAUUGGCUAAAUAACUAUGUUUUCAAGAAUGCUCUCCGCCUGGGGACCUUCUCAGCUGUGCUGGUCACCUAUGCAGCCAGCGCCCUCCUGCACGGCUUCAGCUUCCACCUGGCUGCGGUGCUGCUGUCCCUGGCGUUUAUCACUUACGUGGAGCACGUCCUCCGAAAGCGCCUGGCUCGGAUCCUCAGUGCCUGCAUCUUGUCGAAACGGUGCCCACCGGACUGUUCACACCAGCAUCGCUUGGGCCUGGGGGUGCGAGCAUUAAACCUGCUCUUUGGGGCCCUGGCCAUCUUCCACCUGGCCUACCUGGGCUCCCUGUUCGAUGUUGAUGUGGACGACACCACAGAGGAGCAGGGAAUUCCCUGGCUGUCCAGUGGUUAGGACUCGGCGCUUUCACUGCGGGGGCCAGGGUUCAAUCCCUGGUUGGGGAACUAAGAUCCCUCAAGCCAAGCGGCAUGACCAAAAAAAAAAAAAAGUUAAUGCAUAUCACGUGGUUGAAAAACCAAACAGUAUUCAAGAUAUUCAGGGGAAAGUCUUAUUCCUGCCGUCUUACCCCAACCCUCUUACAGGUAACACAUGAAUGACACUGUGCUGCAUGUUGCUUUUUUCACAUAAUUCCUGAAAACCUUCCACAUGAAGACAUAGAGUGUCCUCGUUCAUUUUUUCCAUUGUGACACAAUGUAGUUUGUCCCUUAUUGGUGGACACUCAGGUGAUUCCCACUCUUUUCCUAUGGGCUACGGCAUGGCAUACACUGUCCACAAAUGGUCAGAGCUCAGCUGGGCCAGUCACUGGGUCACUUUUGGAUGCUGGAUCU